AAAAACAGGUGAAGGAGAUAGAAUCGCUGCAAAAUAAGGUUUCCGACGGCUCUAACGGCUCGAAACGGUCCCUAGGAGGUCGAAAAUUUCAUUUUCGGCCGGAUAAAAUGCCGACGGCAGCCGGAAAAUGGGGCCCGGGAGGUUUGCCAGAAAAUUCGGCAGGAAAAGUCGCCGGUCGCCGGAAAAUAUCGCCAGCGGCCGGAAAAUAUCGCCGGCGAAAAUUUAGAAUUAGGGUUAGGAUGUACCUCAUUGCCGAAGUCUUCCACGAACGAGCAUUGGCCAACUUUGGUUGGAGCAUCCCGGGCAUUGUUCAUCGUGAAAGUAGUAAUCUUUCCAUGAGCCGAGAGAGUGACUCGUCCCUCCUUGACGUCGAUAAUGGGGUUGGUCGUCGCCAUAAAGGGUCGACCAAGCAAAAUCGUGUGCUCCUUCCCGGUGUUCGGGACAUCUCCAACGUCGAGGACUAUGAAAUCGACCGGAACGACAAUCGAACCAACCUGACCAACACAUCUUUGAUUAUACCUUUUUGCUCCCGCAAGGUGCGGUCCGCCAAUUGGAGGCUCAUCCGAGUGGGCUUAAGCCCUUGCAAACCCAAUU